AUGAGGGAGAUGCAAUGGACUGAGGUGAAGAGGAAGCCGUUUUUGAAUGCGCAUUCUAGGUGGGAUGUUUUUCCCAGGAACUGGAAACCUAGGACGGAUGAAGAGAAAAAGGUGAUCUCGGUGUUUUGCUCUAAUUUCUCAGAUAGAGUGAAGGCGGAAGAUUUGUUUGAUUUGUUUGGAUGCGUAGGCAAGUGUGUGGAGGUGGCCAUUUCACCUAGGAGGAACAAGUGGGGGAAACGUGUUGGCUUUGGAAGAUUCAGGGAAGAAGGAGAUACGAGGAUGCUGGCGGUGAGGUUGGACGCCAUUCAGAUAGACGGUGUGAAAAUUUAUGCCAAUAUUCCUAGGUUUGAGAGGAAGAAGGUGGUUAGAGGGAAGGUGUCUGGAGGUGAAUACGUUGCGGAAUCAAAGGGUGGCUCAGAGGUUUGUGCGGCAAAGGAAGGUGCUUUUGGAGGUGUUCUUGUUCGAAAUCCGGGUCGUUUGUCGUUUGCAGAGGUGAUUGCGAGUCAGAGGGAGGCGGUUGCGGAUCAGGGAGAGGGGGUUGCCCGAUCGUGUGAUUUUGAGUACAAGUCAGAACCAGGUGUGAAGGCGGUUUUGGAGAAAGCUUUCGUGGGUGUAGUCUCUAACCCGGGAAACUCUUACAACAUUCAAGAUCAGUUUUUUCAAGAAGGUUAUUUCCAGAUCAAAAUCACUCCUUUGGGGGCAAAUUUGUGUUUACUUGAAGAAGAGGAGGAAGGCGAUAUUGAGGUUCUGAUCAAGGAAGCAGAAUCAUGGUGGAAACAAUGGUUCGUUAAAAUUAGACCGUGGAACGUAUUAGACGUGGAUACUGAAAGGACAACUUGGAUUCGUUUUUUCGGUGUUCCAUGUCAUGCUUGGAAAGUGGAAUUUUUUGAGAAGCUUGUUCAGACUUUUGGAACGUACAUCUGUUCCGAUGAGUCAAUAACGGAGAGAAGCGGUAUGGAAGUAGCUCGUGUGUUGGUCCGUAUACCUAUUGAGUUCAUGGUGCCGGUGUUUGUUAAUGCAAAGGUGGAUGGGGUGACUUUUAGGUUGAGGCUGAGAGAAGAAUUUUCGUCUUUGUGUAACGUUGUGAGAAAAGAGGCGCAAGUGGAGGAAUCGGAGUCAGAAGACUCUGUUUCGGUGGGGGAUGUUUCCAGGUGCUCAUAUGGAAGUUUCGCAGACGAUUUUCCGUUAGGAGGGUCGCCGGCCAAGGAGGUGAGGGAGGAAGUUGGGGUGGAGUUUUCUGAGGGAGAAGCUAAAGAAACAGAGGAAAACCCAGCGGUCAAUGGGUCUGGUGGUUUACCUAGGCAAAUUAAUGUCAAUUCUAAAAGGGUGAUAAGUACAAAGGAGCCUUUUUCCUUUGACCAGGCUAUAGUAGCAGCAAAAGGAAAUGUAGGUCUGUCAAAUGAUAGCACGAGUAUUAAGGAGGCAGAGGAUUAUGUGGCAAAUGAGGAGGGAAGUAGCGUUAAAAGAGUACAAAGCGAUAAUGUUGUGUGGAAGGGACCCACUAGUGAAGUGGCAGCUGGAAAGAGAAUGAAAAGGAUCAAAUUUAAAAAGGUGGGGUGCAAUAAUGGGCCAAAAUGUAUUAGGAAAAAGAAGUCCAAAUCUUUUUUAAAAAAAGCCCACGAUGCAAAAAGGGAGGCACGUGAAGAUACAGAAAAUAGGGGGCAGAUGGAAUCGGACCCUAUUUCUAUUUUUUCUGCAGAAAACGGUAAUAACACAAAAGAGGGAGAAAAGGUGCAGUCGGUAGCGGCUUACGGUGUGCAAUCAGAGGAGUCAAUAAUCCGAAGGAACAACAGCAGAUUAAAGGAGAAUUUUGGUUCUAAUGUUGGGAAGAAAUUAUGGAAGAUGUUAUCAGACCUGGGAGUAGAGAAAUCUGGAGCAGAAGAUUGUGUUGUGGAACUGGUAAAAAUGGAGAUGGAGGAGAGAAACCGUGUGGAGGUAAGGAAGGAGAACAACUUCUUGUUUAAAUGA